AUGAAACUGAUCAGUGAGAUCUUCCAUGAUCACUGCCAUGGCGACGGAACAAUGACACCCGCUACACUUAGGGAGCUUUUGAAGUCGCUCAGUGAGCAGAACGUUGGGCUUUGGGAUGCCACAGAUGUUGACAACAUCUUGGAGUCCUGGGCAAACAAAAGCUCCAUCGACUUCGACGAUUUCCUUAGUUGGGUCUAUGACGGUUCUGCCAUGCUCUCGCCACGGGAUGUGGAGCCUUUAUCGGAACCGCGUCAUUUGACUAUCAACUUCGAUGUGAACAAAACCAUUGUCAUGCGUGACAAGACGGCCAACAAAUCGGUUGAGGUGGUGAUCAACGAGGUCCUGGCAGAGACCUCGUGGGGUCGAGUAGAGGGUGAUCGCUGGAUCAUUGAAUCAACUAAGCCCAGCUCCUUCCGCCCAGAAAGCGAAGGUGAAGAGCUUGUGAGCUAUGCCGAAUUUUUGGAGAAGCAAAUGCCAGGGAGCGACAGAAGAAAGGAACGUCAAAAGUACAAAGGUGCUUUCACCUCACCGGGGAGCGCUGGAGAAAGUAUGGCGCAUCAGCACAAGAAUCUGUGCAAACAGCUAAUCUAUCCAGAUGGGUCACCAGUGCAGGUGGUGCAUGCCUUUUUCCGGCUCCUGGUUGAACUGAAGCGUUCGAAAAGGUCGUUUAGUUUGAUCUUCCGUAGCUUUGGUGAGGACUUGGAGCUUGUGGCGAGCGAGUUGAACAACUUCUGCGAGGGAAACCAUCCACUUUUUCCAGGCUUUCGCAUGGAUGGUAGCGAUGGUGAGCCAGACUAUCGUUUUGACAUCACUCACCCUGAACGAUUUGGCAAUUUCCACAUCGAACAGGAGGAAUUGUACUUGGUGCUGGGUACAAUAGAGCAGCCCGGUGAGGGCCGCUUCAAGGAUGUGACGGACAGAAGCCUCUCCUUCUACGAGAAGCACGAGCUGCCCGUAAAGCGCAUCAUUUCUGGCACGUCGGCCGUUGUGGACUUCAUUUGGGAGCUCUCAUCCCAGUGCAUCACGGCUGGCUUCCGGGAUAACUUUCAGUUCUGGAAGAUGAAGGGCAACACCCAGGAGGGUGGGAAGUUCUUUCUCUUCGAUGCUUCCAAGAACACUAAGCGCCAUGAGAUUUUCUUCGAUGACAACGUGCAUUUUAAAGAUCUAAAAAUUGUACGCCCCUACCACAGGAUGCGACAGAGACGCUCAUGGUGGGGGUUGCCCUUGCUCCGCACCCACGUGUGCCGAGCAGAUGCCCUCACAGCCAUCAAUGAUGAUUUGUACUUCGUGGCGGAAGUACAGAGGCUAGAGGCGAACUAUGCAACGAAAUUGGCCGCGAUGCAACGAUGUAGCACCUGCCUACUGCGAUUGCCAAUGCAAAAAAAGUCUACACUGAGCUUGUCCACCAUGGACACGAUGCGCAGUGAAACAGAGAAGUAUGAUGCGUGGGAAAGCCUUCGUAGAGAUGAAAAGGUUUUGCCAGCCACAUCGGAGUCGGAUGCUGAUUUCCUAUCACCCGUUUCCGCAACCCAAGACAACUUGAAGUUUAUUUAG